CGGCGAAAUUAUCGCCCGCAAUUGUCAUCUCGAAGACGCAUUUUUGUCAAUAUUUUAAGAAAAUUGUAAAUAAAUAAGAAAAAGAGAUCUUAAGCGUACUUCUUUCCUUCAACAGCAUGUCUAUAGAAAUCGAAUCAGCCGACGUGAUUCGGCUUAUCCAGCAGUACCUGAAGGAGUCCAAUCUUAUGAAGACGCUGCAGACCCUGCAAGAGGAAACGGGUGUCUCCCUAAACACAGUGGACAGCGUCGAUGGUUUCGUCCAGGACAUCUCCAAUGGCCACUGGGACACGGUGCUGAAGGUGACGCAAUCCCUGAAGCUGCCCGACAAGAAACUGCUCAAUCUCUAUGAGCAAAUCGUGCUGGAGCUGAUAGAACUGCGGGAGCUGGGCGCAGCCCGUUCCCUGUUGCGGCAAACGGAUCCCAUGAGCAUGUUGAAGCAGCAAGAGCCCGAGCGGUAUAUUCAUUUAGAAAACAUGUUGCAGCGUGCAUACUUCGAUCCCCGUGAAGCGUAUGCGGAAGGCAGCAGCAAGGAGAAGCGCCGCACAGCCAUCUCACAAGAGCUGAGCGGUGAGGUGCAUGUGGUGCCCUCGUCCAGGCUCUUGGCCUUGCUGGGUCAAGCCCUUAAAUGGCAACAGCAUCAGGGACUCCUUCCUCCUGGUACCACGAUCGAUUUGUUCCGCGGCAAGGCGGCCAUGAAAGAUCAGGAGGAGGAAAUGUAUCCCACACAGCUGUUCCGGCAGAUCAAGUUCGGACAAAAGUCGCACGUGGAGUGCGCUCAGUUCUCGCCAGAUGGGCAGUACUUGAUAACCGGAAGUGUCGACGGAUUCCUGGAGGUGUGGAACUUCACGACUGGCAAAGUGCGAAAGGAUUUGAAGUACCAGGCGCAGGACCAGUUCAUGAUGAUGGAGCAGGCGGUUCUAGCCCUAAAUUUCUCGCGCGAUUCUGAAAUGGUGGCCUCUGGUGCCCAGGAUGGCCAGAUCAAAGUGUGGCGCAUCAUCACCGGCCAAUGCCUGCGAAAAUUUGAGAAGGCCCACACCAAGGGCAUUACCUGCCUGCAGUUCUCCCGCGAUAACAGCCAAGUGCUGAGUGCCUCCUUUGACUACACGGUGCGACUGCACGGCCUGAAGUCAGGCAAGAUGCUCAAAGAGUUCAAAGGCCACUCAUCCUUUGUCAACGAGGCCACAUUCACGCCCGACGGCCACAGCGUACUCAGCGCUUCCUCCGAUGGCACGGUCAAGGUGUGGUCCCUCAAAACCACAGAGUGCGUCGCCACCUACAAACCGCUGGGCAAUGAGCUGGCGGUCAACACUGUCCUCAUCCUGCCCAAGAAUCCCGAGCACUUCAUUGUCUGCAACAGAUCGAACACGGUGGUAAUCAUGAACAUGCAGGGCCAGAUUGUGCGAUCAUUCUCGUCGGGUAAGCGCGAGGGUGGAGCCUUUAUCUCGGCUACUCUUUCGCCGCGCGGCGAGUUCAUCUACUGUGCUGGCGAGGAUCAGGUGCUCUACUGUUUCUCCGUCUCCUCGGGUAAACUGGAACGUACUUUGAACGUUCAUGAAAAAGAUGUCAUUGGCCUGUCCCAUCAUCCGCACCAGAAUCUUCUGGCCAGCUACAGCGAGGAUGGACUGCUGAAGCUUUGGAAGCCAUAGAUCACCUAAGCGUUUGCCAAUUGACUUUCGUACCUAGUUUUAGUUCCAGAAAUACACCUACUGCCCCCGAUUACGAUUACUUUAAGUUUCGAGGUGUUUUCUUGGAUUUUCUUUUACCCUGCCCAUCCCCCACAUCAAUAUCUUCAAUCGUGUCUCUAUAUGAAACAAAUUGACUUUAAUUAAGCAUUAUGCAAAGCGACAACGAGCGCAGCCGUCUCCCAGGGCCCUAAUCCGCAGAGCACAGAGCUUGCUUCAAUUGCUGGCUCAGCGCUUAAAUUAGUUGAGAAACCACACUCAACGGGUUCACUUGACAGCCCCAGUCCCAGUGCCAGUCAGCAUGAAGAGCGACGAGAUCAUUGAUAAAAUACGCAACAAGCUGAAGGAGUCGGACCCUGGCCGCCGCACUGUGGUCAACACGUUUCAGUUCAACUUCACCGAUGUCGACGGCAAGCUAAUCAAGAGCAUGGGUGAGUGAGUGCUGGACCAUUGGCCAGACCACCGAUGACCCUCUCACUGUAGUCUUUGAUUUCAAAGCAUUGAACAUCUACGAGGGCAGUGCAGCCAGUGCCGAUGGACAGGUUACUAUAUCCGAUGAGGAUUUCUAUCUGGUCGGCACCAAACAGAAGACUUUCCAGCAGAUUUUACAGCAGGACAAGGCAAAAAUCGAGGGCGA